UUUGGCCAGUUCGCGUUUAACCGUAUAGGAUCCAAGUCGCGUGUUCACGUUAGCCAAUUUGAACGGUACUCAAUUAGAGUAGAGAUGUGACAUUUGUUAUCUGUGAGAUCGAUGACAUGACUUUAUUUUUUUUUAUUACUUUUCGCGCCAAAUUUUUAUGACUUUGUUCCUUUUUUAAUACAUUCCGCGGCAUUUUUUUCGAAUCAAUGGAAAGUCAUUAUACAGCCAUAAACAUAUACGAGUAAUAUUUACAAGCAUUAUUUUGUGUUAAUACAAUUUAUAUACUCAGUUUAUCAUGUUUAUUUUCAUCAAAAUGGACAAAUGGUGUGUGACAUUUAUUUGUAUUUUUGCGGUGUGCCUUUGUGGAGGAGAAGACUCUACAAGCCAAAGGAUCGAGGAAGGAUACCCUAGAGGACUCAUGUCAGUUUGUCCGGGGUCCACAAAACCUGCCACAAUUCCCAUCAGCCAACUAAAAUACCUCGGCUUCGUGGUGCAAGGAAAGGAACGCAGCAGAAAGAAGUAUACGUACUGGACAGCCGACAAGAUAGCCAAUGACGUCAGGAUAGACUUUAACAGGAAGACGGUGCUGAUCCUGCUGGGGUACCUGGACAGCAGCAACUUCCCCAUCGCCUCCAUGUUCGCCAACGAAUACGAAGCGCUCGGCUACAACGUCAUCAUCAUUGACAACCAGAGAUUCGCCACUGUCCACUACUAUUUAGCGUCACGUCUCAUGCGACCAGUUGGCAAGCACGUCGCAGAAGUUCUAGUCAAGCUCACAAACCUAGGCCUAGACCCGUCCAAACUAGAACUUCUCGGCUUCAGUCUUGGCGGACAAACUGUUAGUUACAUCGCCAAAAAUUACCAGCAAAUGACAGGAAUGAACAUCUCCAAAAUAACCGCUCUAGAACCUUCGGGCCCUUGCUUCAGGCAUUUAGGGCCUGGUGAUAGACUGGAUGCUUCAGACGCUGACUUUGUCGAAGUUAUACAUAGCAAUAUAGACGGAUAUGGCAUGGCGACAAGAAUGGGCCAUGUAGACUUUUACUUAAACGGUGGAGAGUACCAACCUUCCGAUCUUUCGAUGUACCCCUGUGUGUCGACGUGUAGCCAUUUUCGAGUCCUACCUAUAUGGGUGUCGGCUAUGAAAAACCAAAAAGGUUUCAUAGCAAUAAAAUGCGAUAGCAUACAACAAGCUAGAGAUUGCGACUGUUAUAAUAGAAUACAAUUAGAGAUAAAUUAUCUUGGACCAAAAGUCAUUAAAAGCAAUCACGGUAUUUUUUACCUUUCCACCAGUAAAUCCUUUCCGUUUUACUUGGGUCAGGACGGGUUGAAAGCUGAAUACGCUUCGUGGAGAAAAAUCACUGACAUCAAUGAAGGAAAUGAGACGGAAGUGUACACUUGACAAAAUAUAUUCCUAGAAAUGUU